UGAAUAACCUAACCUAACCUGCUCGCUCCUCGCUCCUGCUAGUAAAGCCUGGUAAAGCCAGGGCCAUCGUCGAAGAAGCGCGGAAAGCUCCACUCCUCGUCGGUUCUGUUGUUCGGCGGAUCGUGCGUGUUGGCCGCGUUUAACCGUGCUCCUUCCGUGCGCGCCGCCUCCACGUACAUCGGCUACGUCGUCGCGUUGUCCGCUGGCACGUAUACGCCGCGUGAAAUAAUAAACGUGGGACGGGAACGUGCCGGCCAAGCAUCUGGGCGAACGAGCUAACUCGAGUGUGUGUGUGUGUGUGCGUGCAUGCGUGCGUUAGCAACGCAGAUCGCGUAGAUCAGCGACGGCGGUCGGCGGUCGGCCUCCCAGACACGGCGGGCACCCUUCACUUGCGCGCUCACGGAUUCCUGUUACACGGCCAUUCCCACCCCGCGUAACUGAUAUUAAUAUGAUUAAUACCACGUGCGAUUGUGUGAUACUGUGCGAUAUAAUGACUAAAUCGGGCGCGGUGCCAAUGUGCAAAUUGCGAAAUUAUUCAGCAAAAAAGUGUUCGUUGUUUAAAGUGCCGUCAAAUAUCGAACAAUGUAGAAAACGGAUUGCUGCGAUUCCGGGCAUUGUUGAUCUGAAGCCGUCGCAUUUCGUUUGCGAGAAGCAUUUCGAAGAACAUCACAUCCUCAGGAAAUGGGUGAAAUACGAUAAUGAUCGGAUUAUCGCCGAAGCUCCUUACAUGCGCACUCGACUCCAUCCGUUGGCUGUUCCUUCAAAAUUUGACUGUCAGAGAAAGGUGGAAAAUAUCGCCACUGCUAGGGAUUGUUCAAUUGCAUCAGUGCAGAGCAUAAUUAUUUCUCUUUGGACGAGCCCUCGAUGAAUACAACGGUCGACGAAUCUUGCAAUGAGAAGGAGCCUUCUUUCGUACAAUUACACAGAACACAGUACCGUAGAAUUGGCACAACAAUGGGAUCAGUUGGAUCAGUUAGGAAUGCGCAUGCAACACAAUUUAGAACAGCAGAUUCAAGCGCGAAACCAGUCCGGUGUAUCUGAAGACGCACUAAAGGAAUUCUCCAUGAUGUUCAAGCACUUUGACAAGGACAAGAGUGGCCGUCUGAAUCAUCAAGAAUUUAAAUCGUGCCUGAGAGCUUUGGGCUAUGACUUUCCUAUGAUGGAAGAAGGACAGCCCGAUCCGGAAUUUGAGAACAUAUUAGACAUCGUGGAUCCUAAUAGAGACAGCUAUGUAUCGCUGCAAGAAUACAUGGCGUUUAUGAUCAGCAAGGAAACGGAGAACGUGCAGAACUCGGAGGAAAUAGAGAACGCUUUCCGAGCAAUCACUGCAGCAGAUCGGCCGUACGUCACAAAGGAGGAAUUAUAUGCUAACCUCACAAAGGAGAUAGCCGAUUAUUGCGUUGCCCGUAUGAAACCUUAUGUAGAUCCCAAGUCGGAACGACCGAUAACAGCUGCGUUGGAUUAUAUAGAAUUUACGCGUACUCUUUUCCAGAAUUAAUUAUGAAUUCACAUACAUAUGCAUAUUAUAUUAUUUUUCCAAGUUUAUUAAACUAUAAUUGCAUAAAGAGCACAGAGCGCUGCUAUGUUUAUCUUUAAAAACUAUGGUUGAUUGAUAUAUCUAUUAAUCACUAGAGUUAUCUAGAGCAUUUACAGAAAUUGAGAUUUUCUUCUAAACUGGUUGAUAGAGAAUAUAUAUAAAGAAUAUA